UCCUCUACUGUGAUAAGUGUCCUAUUGGAGUAGCUGUCUUCUUAUUCUUCAGUUUUUAGUCAACGACUCAUGGAGACUCACGAGAGCUAUCCGGAAGCUCUUAUCCAUAUUUUGUCCUUUUAUAAUUACAACUACGACUUGUGCAGUCAUUUCCCCUGGGUUGGACAAUACCAGGAUCGCGUAGUUUAGACGAUAGGUGAGGAAUCGUUUAAACCUUUAUUUACUUUAUUUUUUUCUCUGCGCCGACGUACAAAGUUUGUAAGUUGUCAUUCAAUUUGUUUGGAGUAAAUAACGCUUGUUUAGGACCAACGGGUUAUUUCCUUAGUUCCUCCAUAUCAGCUUGAAUCGGGAAUGUAAAAAUUUUCACUCCCUCUUGUUCUUUGUUACCUUUUGCUUUCGAAUCGGGACUGUCCCAUUACCCUAAACCCUAAAAUAAUCUUAUUACUUGUAAUGCUUGUCGUGUAAUUUUGUCGGGAAACUAUAAACUCGCUAACAUGAUAAUUUUGUAUUGUGGUUUGUAAUGCAUUUACUUGAAUGGCAGCAGGAACGUGUUAGUCUAUUAUAAUUGUAAAACAGGAAUUCAAUUGUUUACUAAAGGAAGUUUUCUUUAACUUUAACCAUGGCUCAAUUUACCGUUCAGAAGUUUGCUGCGGAUCCCUCUGCUGAGUUAGCUAGUAUCCAAAAUGCUAAGAAACUAGAGCUUCUCGAGUUAGCUAGUCAUUUAUCAAUUGCAACUAGGAGUAGCAUGCGGAAGAAUGAAAUUCGCAAUCAGAUUCUUGAGGAUUAUAUGCGUGUGGGUAAACUAGGCAAUGAAGCUAGACAGUAUAUAACUCGUGAACCAUCAGUACUAGCCCACGAGCAGCAGUUAGAAUAUGAGCGCAUUUCCCUUGAACGCGAGAAACUAGCGGCACAGAAAUUGGAAUCGGAGAGACAAGCAGAAGAGAAAAGGUUAGAAUCUGAGAGACAAAUGUCGAGACUUAAAUUAGAAUUCGAGAUGGAGAAAGCUAGACUUCAGUUAGCUUUAGAGAGAGAGAAAGAAAAACUAGACUAUGAAGCGUCGUUAGCACUUAAAUUUGAACAAGAAAAAGCAAAGCUUUCUAGAGAGAAUAAGGAACAUGAAAUUUCGGUUUUGGAAGCUCGGGAGAAACCCUUUGAUUUAGCAAAAAACAUUAAGUUGGUUCCCACAUUCACAGAUUAUGACCCUGAAGAUUAUUUUAAGACUUUUGAAGAGAUUGCCUUGCAUUUGGAUUGGCCACGCGAUCAGUGGGUUUGGCUAUUAAGGCCGAAAUUAACUGGGAAAGCUGCGAAAGUUUGUAGACAUCUCGAAAAUACUACAGAUUUCCAGAAUGUUAAACAAGCAAUUUUGGAUGCUUUUUCAAUCUCUGUCGAGGGAUAUCGUCAGACCUUUCGUAACAAAACGAAGUUCACAACUCAAACCUAUGUAGAAUUCGCUUCAGAGAAAUUAAGGGAGUUUAGGAAAUGGGUAAAAUCUGCUGCAGUAAGUACUUUUGCUGAAUUAGAGAAUUUGAUUGUACUUGAAGAGUUUAAACGAAAGCUUCCUUUGAACAUUAUGAUGUAUUUAGAGGAUAGGGAAGAAAAAGACUUGUUAAAGGCACUUACUCUAGCAGACACUUACUCUUUAAUACAUAAAUUUGGCAACAGACGUCUGGUAGUUCCCAAUGUCAUUGUAAUGGAAAAACCUGUAGGUCAAAACCUUGAACCUGAUCCCGAUUGCUCUGUAAAUCCUUCUUGUGUUGUCACUCGUAGCCAGAAAUCUAGUUCGGAUGAAUCUAAAGUCACUUCUGUACUUAAAGAACUAAAUAUCAAACAAACCUUGUCUGCUGCCUAUCACCCAGAGUCUCAGGGUGCCCUCGAGCGUUGGCACCAAACUUUCAAGAGUAUGCUUAGGAAAUUUUGUGUUGAAAAACUUGAGAAAAGUGAUUUGCUGCUACAUGACAUCGAGCUGGUUCCUGGUACAACACCCAUUCGUCAGCAGUCCUAUCGUGUGGGUCCUGAGAUAAAGAACAAAAUGAAGGAGGAAGUCGAAUAUCUUCUCCGGCAUGGUCUAGCAAGACAGAAUGCUAGUGAUGCAGGAGCUGGAGGGGUGCUACUCCAAGAGUCAGACGGUAUACUUCACCCAGUCAGCUACACCUCCACUAAGUUCAAGCAUCACCAAAAGUCCUACAGCACCAUUGAGAAGGAAGCACUUAGUUUGGUACUCGCCCUGCAAAAAUAUGAAUGCUACUUACUAGGUGCUGCUGAGUCUACAGUAUCGUCCGUCUUCGCCUUAUUGGCCUCUUUUCUACGAGCCACUCUGUUGGGCUCGUCCUCUAAGGGGGAUGGUGUCACCCAUCUGCCAGAUUGA